AUAUCCACUUUCGAUUCACGCUUUCCGGGCUCUCGGCAAGGGAGCGGCCGCCUCUCCUCUCUGCAAGCUCAGAUCUACGGUUGGCUGUCACCGCCGCAGCCAGCGGGAGCGAUGGGCAUCUGGGGGUCACAUCUGUACUCCACGCAGCCGGAGAAGCUGGAUGAACUGAUCCAGAACUCCCUGAGGCCCCGCAGAGAAUGUCAGCAGCAGCUCGAUGACACCGUGGACGCCAUCUGUGCCGCCCUGGAGGAGACCAGGCAGAUCCCCCAAGCAAUAUGUGUGGCUAAAGGUGGUUCUUACGGCCGGAACACCAUGUUGAGGGGCAACUCCGACGGUACGAUUGUCAUCUUUGUCGGUGACCUUAAGCAGUUCCAAGAUCAGAAAAAAAGCCGCGAUGAAAUCCUCAGCAAGAUCUGGCAGUGGCUGGAAGUGUGUCCGUUCACAAUGAAGUUGGCGGCCAGAAUGGAGGUCCAGAGAUUCCACAGUGGGCUCACGCUCCAGCUGUCCACGAAGUGGCAGAGCCUCAAGUUUGAGGUGCUCCCUGCCUACAAUGCCCUGGGCUUAAGUGAGAAGCCCAGCCCCCAGACCUACCGAGAGCUCAAGAGAGCCUUGGACAUGACGGGAGCCCUCCCCGGCGAGUUCUCCGUCUGCUUCACAGAACUCCAGCAGAGGUUUUUCCACAACCGUCCCAGAAAACUGAUGGAUUUGAUCCUCUUGGUAAAGUACUGGUACCAACAGUGCCAGGCAAAGCUGAAUGGGCCCCGCCUGCUGCCCGUGUACGCGCUGGAGCUGCUGACGGUCUACGCCUGGGAACAGGGCUGCGAAGCCGAGGACUUUGACACCGUGGAGGGGAUCAGAGCCGUCCUGGGGCUCAUCAAGCGGCAGGAGCAGCUGUGUGUCUACUGGAUGGUCAACUACAACUUUGAGAACGAGACAGUCCGGAACAUUCUGCUGAGCAAGCUCCGAUCACCGAGGCCGGUCAUCCUGGACCCCACUGACCCGACCCACAAUGUGAGCGAAGAUAAGGCGUGCUGGCAGCUGCUCCAGCGGGAAGCUGACACCUGGCUGUCUUCUCUCAGCCCCAGUGAGUCGCCCGGACCGUCGUGGAAUGUUCUGCCAGCGCCACUGUUCGCGACCCCAGGCCAUCUUCUGGAUAAGUUCAUCAAGGACUUUCUGCAGCCCGACAGACAUUUCCUGGACCAGGUCGCGACCGCUGUUGACGUCAUCUGCAAAUUCCUUCAGAAAGAUUGCUUUCCGCGUUCAGCUAUAAGAGUUCAGAAAACUGUCAAGGGUGGGUCGACUGGCAAAGGCACGGCUCUGAAGACCGGCUCCGAUGCCGACCUCAUCGUGUUCCCAGACUCGCUUAAAAGCUACACCUCACAAAAAAAUGAGAGAUGCAAUAUCAUCAAGGAAAUCCAUAAACAGCUGGAAGCCUGUCGGCAGGAGAAACAGUUUGACGUGAAGUUUGAGAUUUCAAAAUGGAAGGCUCCCAGGGUGCUAAGCUUCUCUCUGAAAUCCAGAGUGCUCAACGAAAGGGUUGACUUUGAUGUGCUGCCUGCAUUUAAUGCUCUAGGUCAGCUCACCGCUGGCUCCACACCCAACCCCAAGGUCUAUGCGGAGCUCAUCAACCUGUAUAAAUCCUCAGACGCCGAGGGGGGAGAAUUUUCCACCUGUUUCACAGAGCUGCAGCGAGACUUUGUGGCUUCCCGACCCGUCAAACUGAAGGAUUUAAUUCGUCUGGUGAAGCAUUGGUACAAACAGUGUGAAAGGAAACUGAAGCAAAAGGGGUCUCUGCCCCCAAAGUACGCCUUGGAGCUGCUCACCAUCUACGCCUGGGAGCAGGGGAGCGGGGCAGAGAAUUUCGACACUGCGGAAGGAUUCCGGACGGUCCUGGAGUUGGUCACAAAGUAUCAGCAGCUCUGUGUCUUCUGGACGGUCAAUUACAACUUUGAGGAUGAGACCGUGAGGAACUUCCUCCUGACCCAGAUCCAGAAAACCAGGCCGGUGAUCCUGGACCCAGCCGAACCUACUGGUGACCUAGGUGGAGGGGACCGCUGGUGUUGGCAUCUUCUGGCAAAAGAAGCUACUGAAUGGCUGUCCUCUUUCUGCUUCAAAGACGGGAGUGGCUACCCUGUGCCAUCGUGGAAAGUGCCAGUAAGAAUAAUUUAAGGGGAGUGUCAUCUGCCGGUUGCCCUGUGGCGAGCUUAAAUCCAAGAGCUUCUGCUGCCCUAGCAACUUGGAAUCCAUUCAGCCACAAGUGAGAGAGAGCCCAACGCAGGAGCUGCAACGGUUUGGUUUUUCCCUUCCCGAAACCCUAAGGCAGGACACUGAGGACACAGGCAGCCGCUCCGCUGCGCUUUCCCACAAGCGGGUCUUCCCGUUUAGGGUCCGAUAGUUCUUGCACUGGGACUCGUCUUGGGCUGCCUAGGGUGCUGAGCAGAACCCUUGAUUUCUAUCCACUGGAAUCCAGUAGCACCACCGCCAUUGCAACAGCCAAAAAAGUCUCCAGAAGUUCCCAAAUGUCCCCUGGGGCGUCACCAGAUCUUUCUGGCUCGGCCCUCUUUGUCGAGUUUAAUCCUGAAAGUGCCAAACCUGCAGGCGGCACUUCCGUCCCAACAGGAAGAACAGCGAAGGGAAAGAUGAUAAAGACUCAGGAAAUCUUACUAGAAACCUCAUCCAGUAAAUGCUCUUACAUCUCAUGGCCCAGAAUGGUCAUGUGACUCCCCAUAGCUUAAGUGACUCCAAAAAGGGGGGGUGAAGACUACCGUAGCCGGAGGCUGGGUCAGGUGACCAAGAGGGUCUGCCACCCCUGACCAAAGCGCUACUUCCUCCCCGGAUACCCGGCCCCCAGGUACGCCUUCUUGUCCCUCCAGGUUCUCUCUCAAGCUUCUUGAAGGACAAGGCCUCAGCGAGGACUGGCUUUUGGGCCAGAUAAUUCUUUGUUGUGGGCGGGCUGUGCUGUCCGUGGCAGGGCGUGGGGUUACAUGCUAAAUCUCUACCCACUAGAUGCCACCCAGUCGUGACAAUUAAAAAUGUCUCAGGACA